GCGUGGUCUUGUCUUCUUCUCCUUGACUAGUUUGAGUAAAAGGUCAUGAAUGAUUGAGACCAUGAUUAAAGAGGGGUUUUGUUUUAAAAAUUAAAGAUUUAAUUGGACAUUUUGCAGGUUUUACAGUUUUCUUAGGAUGUUGUGAACGUAGGUACAUCUGUUCAGGAUGUUGCGUUCCUGUUAAGUGACCUCAUGAACUGACUGAUUAUUAAGACGAACCGCCUGAACAUCCGAGCCGAAUGAAAAACCGUUCGUUUUUAACUAAAGUCUGUCCGUUUUUAUCGCACUUCUUUAAGAAGCUGCUGAACUUUGUCACGAUGAGAAGAUUUUUAACGAGAGUCAUAAACCGAGUUUUGCUGGGAGAGCAGUUUAAAGCAACGAUGAUAGGAGCUGAAGCGGAGAUUCACACAGAGGGUCGGAGAAAGUUGGUGGUGGGGCUCGGGAACCCGGGGAUGGAGGGUACCAGACACAGUGUUGGGAUGGCGGUGCUGGGAGCGCUGGCUGCCAGGCUCGGUGUGGCCGAUCGUUGGCACGGCGACCGUCAUGUAUCCGGUGAGGUCAUCCUGACGGAGGUCCAGCAGGCCCGCGUGGUUCUGCUCCGUCCCCGGCUGCUGAUGAACGUCAGCGGGGUGUCGGUGGCCAGAGCGGCUGGAAAAUAUGGAGUCAAGCCUGAGGACAUCCUGCUGGUCCACGAUGAGCUGGACAAACCUUUGGGGAAAAUUGCCAUCAAACAUGGAGGAAGCGCCAGGGGUCACAACGGAGUUCGAUCGUGUGUCGACUGUCUCCAGACCGAUGUGAUGCCCAGACUCCGGGUCGGGAUCGGCCGGCCGUCCGGGAAAACCUCAGUGGAGCGCCACGUUCUGAGUCGGUUCACGGCGGAGGAGCAGAAGGUUCUGGAAGCGGUUCUGGUCCAGAGCGUUGAUCUGCUCAUCUCCCAGCUGUCCCAGCAGGACGCGCAGUCUGCCUCCUCACCAGCAGGGGGCAGACGAGCAGCGCAGCACAGGAAGCAGAAGGAGGACUCUACAGUUGUUAUCUGAACUUUCUGUGAUGCAGCCAGUAAAGAUGGCCGCCUGAUUACAGGAGGAGAAAAUCCAUGAAGUCUGAACUUCAGAACAAAGAGGAGAAACAUCUGUUGAACAUCUGUUCCCUCUGAUCAAUUCAUACAAACAUUGUCUCUUGCUUUUAUAAAAAAUUUAACUGCUGCAGAUGUUUCCUCUUAUUUGGUGACUUCUGCUGCAGAAAGUCUGUCUGUGGUCUUAGGUUGCUUUCUGCCUUCAUGCUCAGUUAAAAAAAGAAAGAUUUAUUUAUUUUUUUGUGGUCGUGUUUUUGCCAACCACCAUAAAAAGAAGAGAAGAAGAAGAAGUGCUCGGUGUUUGCGCGUAUCCAGACGCAGAAUGGUGACGUUUGUCGAGUAUCGAUGACGUUCAGCUCUGAUGAACUGGCCGAAAAGAUCCGGGUCACAUUUGAAAAGAUCCGAUAGGUAUCAAGUUUAGGAAAUGGUUUCGGAGCGGAUCGCAUUCUAAAAAAUCUGACUUGCAGUUCAGGCUCAGGAAAAGAUCAGGUUCAGGUCACAUUAAGGCAAAAACUGGAUUUGGGUCCAUUCAGGCUUAGAGGCUGGAAAACAAAAACAAGGUGCUGUGAAUUUAUAUAUUUUUCUGUUUUCAUCAAGAUCCUCAGGGAAAAUUAAUGGGGAAAAAAUCUAAUCAAUCAAAAUAUAAUGAAACUAAUUUAUAUAAUAAAUAUAAUUUGGUAGCAGGAGGAAGAAACUCCGGCCCUCUGGCUCAGACCUACUUUACAUCAGAAACAUUCAGAGUUUAAACCAGUUAAAAGUUUAACGUACUUAAACUUUAAAAGGAGGUUUUAUGCAAAAACAAUUUUCAUAUGAUUCUAUAAUAUCACUGAAUUGGUUUGUUUGUAAAUGAAGUUGCUAUUUGUUGCGAAUUGGGGUCAUAUAAACAAACUGAAUUGAACAUUGCAAUGAAACCACCUGAGCAUCUAUAAUCAAUCAACAGAGUCUUCAGUCAGAAGUCACCGUUGGAUUACAGACUGCUACAGGAGAUGCUUCCUGCAUUCGAAUCUUAGAGAAAACGUAGAUAAUUUGAUUUACAACAUUAAUUUUCCCUUUGGGUUCAGUAAAGUAUUUGAAGUUGAAUUGAA